GUUAAAGUAGCUGGUGAAACAGCUUAUGACUGUUCAGGAGAGAGUUUGUACGAAAUUUAUAAAGACCUAUGGCUAACACAGGGUGAUAGAAAUAAGAUGACAGAACAGGGCCUCGGAAGUGAAAACCUGAGAAAGCUAAUAUCAGGUGACGACUCAGGUGUAAAGGUAGGUGAUGUUGGUAAAGUGGCAGAUGGACUUCUCCACAGUGUAUACGGCUCCAAACUUAGAAAACCAAUUGAUAAGAUUAUCGCAGACCAUGGACUCUACGUACCAUUCUACAUGAACAACAAUCCUAUGUACAUUCUCACACUACCCGGAUCAGAUGAAAUUAUGACGGCUCAAGGAGGUGAAGCUAAGGGUAAUUAUAAACUUGAUAACCUCGAGUUAGAAUAUGAGACCAUUGAGAGUGACACCCUUGCAGGUGAAGUAUCAAGGAUGUAUUCAACAGGUCGCUCACUAUCCUACAAACACGUCACUCUCAUGCGCACAAGUAACUGGGACAAAGAUCUUACCAUUGUCAAUGAAAACAUAAAUAUCCCCAGAAAGAGCAUGUCAGCAAUUGUCCUUCUAUUUACCAAUAGAGUGAGAACCAAUUCUGAAGAAUAUAUUUACCCAAACAUUGAUAAAGUGAACCUAACCAUUGAAGGUGUGCCCAAUGCAGUUUUUUCACAAGGACUUCCUAAAAGUAGGUUCUUCGAAGAGGCAAAACGAUUCUUCUGCCCUAUGUGUGAGAAAUCAAUGGCAGAUGAAUUUAUGUCUAUUAGCAGGUUCUUCAGCAACGGUUUCGCUUUAGUAGUAGAUCUAAGGUCAACACAGGAUGACACCACUGGAGGAGGUAGAAAGAUUGUUAACACGCAGUCUGGAGUACUUAUGGAAAUUAAUAAAAGAGCCACAACAGCAGAUGUUCAGUGCAACAUUUUUGUUGUAUCAGAUGCUCUACUUAACUUUGCUAGUAGAGAUCUAUCUAGUAUUCAAUACUAG